GCACGGGUUGUGGCGUUUUUCUUUCGCCGAGGCUACUCCGUAUAGACACUGUUUUUUCCAUCCCUUGAUGAUUUUACAUGAAUGACCUUCCCCGCAUUCGCGCGAGUUUUCAUCUACUAAUUUGCUGUUUACCGACUUACUGACUCCUUGUUUUUUAAUCAGUUACAAGCAAUUACAUUGAUACCUUCCAUUUGAAGGGGUGUACUGUGAUAGUUCCCAGUGCCUCAUAACCUGCCGACAUGUCCUCCUCAAUUCCCCGGCCAGACGACAACGAUACCGAGCCGCUCAUCAAUUCCAACCCUAAAUUACAGGCCUACUACUACUCCCUCGAGUCCCGAAUAGGCUACAGAUUGUUACUUGGAGGUACUCGACAUUUCGGAUACUAUGAAGAGGACACAUACUGGCCUUUCCCGUUGUCUCGAGGCCUUCGAAGAAUGGAAGACAAGCUGGCAGAUGUGCUUGCAUUACCUCCCGGUUCUCAGGUGUUAGAUGCUGGCUGCGGCGUUGGGCAUGUUGCUUUGCGCAUGGCCCAAACGUACAAGUUGCGCGUCGAGGCUAUUGAUGUCGUGGACCAUCAUGUCUACAAGGCCGCUCGAAAUUUCAAGCAAGCUGGUCUCCCCUCAGGACAACUCAGAGUUCGAAAGAUGGAUUAUCAUAAUCUCGAGUCGUUCAGUUCCGAGUCUUUCGAUGGCAUAUAUACAAUGGAGACGUUCGUCCAUGCCACCGACCCCAAAGCCGUUCUGGAGGGAUUCUAUCGCCUUCUACGACCAGGCGGUCGGUUAGUUCAAUUCGAGUACGACCACAAUACGCGAGAAAACUCGCCGCAGGAUAUGGCCUACUCGAUGGAUCAAGUUAAUGAUUACGCUGCGAUGCCUACAAAUGCUAUAUCCCACCCCGGCGUGUUCAAAAGAAUGCUAGAAGAGGCAGGUUUCGAAGAUGUUGUUGUUCGCGACUACUCCAAAAAUAUUAUCCCUAUGACUCGAUUCUUCUUCCUGCUCGCAUGGGUACCAUUUCUAAUCGUCCGCCUUUUCGGACUUGAGCGGUGGUUUAUUAAUACAAUUGCUGGUGUCGAGGCCUAUCGAGGCCAAGGGCAUUGGCACUAUCUGGCCAUAUCAGCUAACAAGCCAGGGGCUCCAGCUGAAGAUGUAAAAUCGAAGUAGAAACUGCAAUAUCAACUUCAAGAAGGACAAUAUACGUGAAUGUUGAUUAAACUUGACCCUCAAGGACCGAUUACCGACGGUCCUCCAAUGUGGAAUAUUAGAGAACCACUUUCGCUAUAUAUUUCUUAGUUAAGCUACACUCUAAUCUUUGAAAUACAAUGCCCAGCACUCAGUAGAGCCCUCAGUGGCUGCC